AUGACUUACAAAUUCAAGACAAAACACAAUUUUAUGCUUCUCUCUCUUUCUUUUAUCAAAUUCAAGAGCAGCCCUCUAAACCACUUACUAAGGCAGCCCAUCGCGAGCAAGCCAUCAGCGGCGUUUUCCCCUGCAGCCGUCGAGUCCUUUGCGGCAGACCACCGGCGACGCGAGGUCGGCGAAUUGUACUGUCUAGCCCUUCAAUUGUCUUCUCUGUCAUCGCGGUUACGAGUUCCACGGCCGCCGACCGGCGACCUGCUAUCCCUGUUCGACGACUCCUAUUCACCAUGUUCUGUUCAUUCUCGACGGACCCGACCAGCAGGCCGAGCUCUAUCCGCCUGCGUCCCCUGUAAGCAAGCAGCCGCGAAAUUGUCCAUCGAGCAGCCUCUCAUCGCCGGUCUCCGUGUCUGCGAGCCCUCCUCGCCGCCAAUCCCAGCCACCGUCGAGACGUUACCAGACGCCGUCGAGUGCCUCUGUUUCGCGAGCAACUCGCCGGUGUCCGAGCAACAGCCGCCCGAGGCUCUUAUCGAGCAGUCGUCGGUCUCAUUUCCGAACAGCAGCAGCCCCGAUUCGGGACUUUUCCAACGGAAGGCAGCCCUUUCGGGCCCCGGGCGAGAAGAGAAGCGGGUCGAUCCUUUGCCACGAGCCCCGAAUAGUCUGUUCUUCAACGUCCGGCAACAGCCCAAGAGCUUGAACAGUGGCAGUCGAGCUGCCUUUGAGGACGUAUGGAUGUCCGGACUACAGCGAACCGGGCCCGACCCAAAAACAACAUCCAUUGUUGUGUUUUUCUCCACCAAAAUUUACCCUAAUCAGUCGCCGGUUGCAGGGACGAAAUAUUACCGUCGGGCAUUAAAGAAAUUGAUGAAUCCUGUCGCGGUUCUUUACGAUGCUUGGUGGACGAAAGAUGUGGACAACCUCUUCAUAGACCUCCUCGCCGAGGCACAUGUUGGUGGUGAAUGGACACAAGGUAGGCCAGGCACUCAUGUCUUCCUUUACUGCCGUGGUGUUUUGGUUGCAGAUGAUGGUGCAACCUUUACUGUGAAUGAACUACAGGAACGGUUCGAUUUCCUUCAUAAAUGGUUUCGCGUUUUUAGUUGGAUGUUACGAAAACAUGGGCUACACCACUGUAUCCAGUCGAACGUCCUCACGGCUCCGGUAGCAGUGUGGAAUGAUAUCUUCGAGUGCAUAACAUUUUUUUAUGCAGUCUCAGACCCAUUCUCAGUGGCAUACCAACAUUCGAGGGACCCGCAUUGGGCGGACAUACGAUACUUGUUCACAGAGGUCUAUGAAGCCACAUCCAAUUCACCGAAUGUGGUGGACCAAAAUUCCACCAACGAAAAUCAUUUAGCGAGGUUGACCGAACAGUCCUACGUCUUCUCACUUUCUUCUCUCACCAAUGCACCAUUGCAUGGUUCAAUCGGAAACGAAGGUAUUCAGCCAAGAAAUGGCCGAGACCAUGACGCUUCAUCGGAAGGUUCCGUCAAUACACAUACAUGA